AGGAGGAGGAAAAGGAGGAGGAGGCGGAGGGAGGAGAAGGAGGCCCCGUCGCGGCCUUUGCCGCCGCCAGCGGGGCUGUCCUUGUAGCUCCCGAUGGAGUUUGAGGCCGUGAAACCGCCGCCGAGCUCUGCCGCGGCGAGACGAGGCGCCUCCAUCGCCAAGCCGCGCCGUCGCGGGGCUCCCGGGAGCGGCCCUUAGAGACCCCGCCCGGGCCCCCUCAGUAAUCUGGAGUUGGACUGUUCAGUACUAGUCAGUUGCCAUGUGUGGCAGUUGAGGACUUCGUAUGGAGCUAAUGUGACUUUAGAUGUCUUCUUACAGAACACUACACAGUAAAAUAAUGAUCUGCUAGACUGCUAACCCGAGCAUCCAGCUUCCACAAUGCCUGUGCAGGCAGCUCAAUGGACAGAAUUUCUGUCCUGUCCAAUCUGCUAUAAUGAAUUUGAUGAGAAUGUGCACAAACCCAUCAGUUUAGGUUGUUCACACACUGUUUGCAAGACCUGCUUAAAUAAACUUCACCGAAAAGCUUGUCCUUUUGACCAGACUGCCAUCAACACGGACAUUGACGUGCUUCCUGUCAACUUCGCACUUCUCCAGUUAGUUGGAGCCCAGGUACCAGAUCAUCAGUCAAUAAAGUUAAGUAGUGUAGGUGAGAAUAAACACUAUGAGGUUGCAAAGAAAUGUGUUGAGGAUUUGGCGCUCUACUUAAAACCACUAAGUGGAGGUAAAGGCAUAGCUAGUUUGAACCAGAGUGCACUGAGCCGUCCAAUGCAAAGGAAAUUGGUGACACUUGUAAACUGUCAACUGGUGGAGGAAGAAGGUCGAGUCAGAGCCAUGCGAGCAGCCCGUUCACUUGGAGAAAGAACUGUAACAGAACUGAUAUUACAGCACCAGAAUCCUCAACAGUUAUCUGCCAAUCUAUGGGCUGCUGUCAGGGCUCGAGGAUGCCAGUUUCUAGGCCCAGCUAUGCAAGAAGAGGCCUUGAAGCUGGUGUUGCUGGCAUUAGAAGAUGGUUCUGCUCUCUCACGGAAAGUUUUGGUACUUUUUGUUGUGCAAAGACUAGAACCAAGAUUUCCUCAGGCAUCAAAAACAAGUAUUGGUCAUGUUGUGCAACUACUGUAUCGAGCUUCGUGUUUUAAGGUUACCAAAAGGGAUGAAGACUCUUCCCUGAUGCAGCUAAAGGAGGAAUUUCGGAGUUAUGAGGCACUGCGCAGAGAACAUGAUGCCCAAAUUGUUCAUAUUGCUAUGGAAGCAGGACUCCGUAUUUCACCUGAGCAGUGGUCUUCACUCUUAUAUGGUGACUUGGCUCAUAAAUCACAUAUGCAGUCCAUCAUUGAUAAGCUGCAGUCUCCAGAAUCAUUUGCAAAGAGUGUCCAAGAAUUGACAAUUGUUUUGCAACGAACAGGUGAUCCAGCUAACUUAAAUAGAUUGAGGCCUCAUUUAGAGCUUCUUGCAAACAUAGACCCUAAUCCAGAUGCUGUUUCACCAACUUGGGAGCAGCUAGAGAAUGCAAUGGUAGCUGUUAAAACAGUGGUCCAUGGCCUUGUGGACUUCAUACAGAAUUACAGUAGAAAAGGCCAUGAAACACCUCAGCCUCAACCAAACAGCAAAUACAAGACUAGCAUGUGCCGAGAUUUGCGACAGCAAGGGGGUUGUCCACGAGGAACAAAUUGUACCUUUGCCCAUUCUCAGGAAGAGCUUGAAAAGUAUCGAUUAAGGAACAAAAAGAUCAAUGCAACUGUAAGAACGUUUCCUCUUCUAAAUAAAGUUGGUGUAAACAACACUGUCACAACCACAGCCGGAAAUGUCAUUUCUGUCAUAGGAAGUACUGAAACAACGGGGAAAAUUGUUCCAAGUACAAAUGGAAUUUCAAAUUCAGAAAACAGUGUUUCCCAGCUAAUCCCUCGUAGUACUGACAGUGCAUUAAGAGCUCUGGAGACUGUGAAGAAAGUGGGGAAAGUUGGCACUAAUGGUCAGAAUGCUGCUGGUGGGCCCUCUGGAGAGUCUGUAACUGAAAAUAAAAUUGGUUCUCCACCCAAGACUCCUGUAAGUAACAUAGCUGCUACCUCAGCUGGGCCCUCUAAUGUUGGAACAGAGCUGAAUUCUGUGCCUCCAAAAUCCAGCCCAUUUCUAACUAGAGUACCAGUAUAUCCUCAGCAUUCUGAAAACAUUCAGUAUUUUCAAGAUCCAAGGACUCAGAUACCCUUUGAAGUCCCACAAUACCCACAGACAGGAUACUACCCACCACCUCCAACGGUACCAGCUGGUGUGGCUCCCUGUGUUCCUCGCUUUGUGAGGUCCAAUAAUGUUCCAGAGUCCUCCCUCCCACCUGCUUCCAUGCCAUAUGCUGAUCAUUACAGUACAUUUUCCCCUCGAGAUCGAAUGAAUUCUUCUCCUUACCAACCUCCUCCUCCGCAGCAGUAUGGACCAGUUCCCCCAGUACCUUCUGGAAUGUAUGCUCCUGUGUAUGACAGCAGGCGCAUCUGGCGCCCACCAAUGUACCAACGAGAUGACAUUAUUAGAAGCAAUUCUUUACCUCCAAUGGAUGUGAUGCACUCAUCUGUUUAUCAGACGUCUUUGCGGGAAAGAUAUAACUCAUUAGAUGGAUAUUAUUCAGUGGCUUGUCAGCCACCAAGUGAGCCAAGGACGACUGUGCCUUUACCAAGGGAACCUUGUGGUCAUUUAAAGACCAGCUGUGAGGAGCAGAUAAGAAGAAAGCCAGACCAGUGGGCACAGUACCACACUCAGAAAGCACCUGUCUCUUCUACUCUUCCUGUGGCAACACAGUCUCCAACACCACCUUCUCCUCUAUUCAGUGUAGACUUCCGUACAGAUUUCCUAUUUUAAAUGGCUUCUAUAGAAAAUUAACAACUCAGUUAUUAAACUAGCAGGAUCCUACAAUGAUACAUCUAGUGAAAGUAGACUUAAUUAACUUAUUUAUUUCUAUUUUAUGUUUCACUGAGAGAAAUUUCCAUCUCAUUCCAGCUGCUUUAUUUAUCUUUUUCAUGGGACUUUGCAUGGAUUUUUUUCCUUUUUUUUAAUUUUGAAGAGUGGAGUUAGACCUUCUUACCAUAGAAUUUUACAGGGUUAUAUACUAGCUUUCUUUACUGCAUUAUAUGUAGGAGUGUGGUGCAGUGCUUUUAUCUGUAGCAUUUAUGGUUUUUUUUAAUUUUCCAUUUUUCAAGAAUAGUUUCUGCUUUGUUAAUAUUUAUACACAGGCUACUUGUUGAAGUAAUUAAUUAAAAAUAUAACCAAGUGCCUAAGUCUUUCAGCUGAUGUACUAGAUAUUAAAUUCUCCUAAGUUAUGCAGAAUCGUUUUUACAAUUUUGAUAAAUUAUGCACUAAUGUAAUGCCAGUUUUUUAAAAUGCAGAUUUAAGCCUGUACAUUAUAGAAUCUGAUGACUUGGCAAAAGAAUCAGGUGCUUUCAGCUUUCUUGAGAAAACCCUGUAUGUAGCGUUUGCACUGACUAACAGGAUGGUAUUGCUGGGUUUUUAAUUUAAACUAAUUAAUUUGGAUGUUCAUUGCAUUAUCUUGGUUAAAUAUUGUUUGUUGUUACUUCAUGUUGGGGUUUAAUUUUCCUUGUUUUCUGACUUGUAGGUUGAUAAGACUAUGAACCAUGUAAUAGUAGAACAUUGGCUAACAUUUGCUCAUAUUUAAAAACAUGAAUAGUCCCUGCCCUGCCAUAAUGUGACUGUAAUUGUUUUGGCUUGGCAUCUAAAAGUAUGCAGUAUGUUCUACCAGCCAUGCCCCAGAUUUGUGGGAGAUAUAUUGUUAAAACCUAAAUUUCAGUCAACGUUUGAUAACAAAAGCUGGGCAUUUUUUCCUGGUGACCUUCUCUAUAGUUUGUCUUUUUGUUUUUCUUCCAUUUCUUUAGGAUUAGUUUGACUUUUAUUAUUUUUUUUAAUUAACUUCUGUGAAGUUGUUUACUCUGAAAAUUGUACUGGAAUAUUUUAAGCCAAGCAGAUCUUUCACCAGGUGUACUGUAUGUAAGGGCUUUUCCUGCUAGCAAGAUGUUUAAACAGGAUCAUGUUAUUGGUCGUCUGAGCUAUUUAGUUAUUUUACAAAACCACAGCAUUGUAUCAGAUAAGAUUUUGAUAAAAGUUUUGUGCACAUUUCCAGGGGCGGGAGGGUUGACAUUUCCCUGAAAUUUCUUCAUCAGAAUGAGUAAAUACUGGUGUUUGAUACCUGUCUUAAUGAACAUGCUCAUAAGGUGACUGAUAAGUUGUAAAUAUACCUGAGAAACAAAGGGGUAGUUUUGAUAUUCUGGUGUCAGUAUGGAAGAUCUUACACAUUAAUUUAAUACUCAAAUGUAUGAAGAUGUUUGUUUGUAGCUUAACAGCACAGUAGCCUUGACUUAGUUUCCUUUGGUCAGUACUGUACCUUUUUCCAUGGCCAGUGCUCCUCAUACGUACAAAGACAUUUUAUUUAUUUCACUCUGUAACCUGAAGUGAAUAGGAACAAGAGUUUUAAACCAUGUUACAUUAACUUAUUUCUGACAUAAAUUAGCCUAAGAUAUUACAGGAACAUGAUUGUUAUAUAAUUUAUAUCAGAACCUUUCUAUAAAUAUGUGCUUAUUACAUUUUGAAUGCUUCCAAUGUACUUUAUUUGCUGUUUGUAAUUCCAAAAAGGAUAUGCAAACAAGUCUGUCUAUUUCAUGGAUAUUUAAUAGUGAGAUCUUCCAUGUUGAAGGUAAUGUAUUUUUUUUUUAAGAUUUUAAAAUUGCUAUUUUGUUACAAAAUAGAGACCUAUUAACAGUUCGAGAGCUCCUUAUGUGCCCUCAGGGAAAGAACCCUCUGUGCAACAGAACUACACAAAACAUCUUCAGCACGUUCUGAGGGUGAAUAUAUACUACAUAAAUUGAUCUUGUGUAUUUAACCUUAUCUUUUUAAUUUUAAAAUUGAAAUUUUGAAACUUGGUUGUGCUCUGCUGGAGAGGGUUGGGAUAAACUGCUUAGGUGUUUGCCUACUUGUCCAGUAAAUUACAUUUGCAUCAGUGUAUAUACCUGCCAACCUUAUUGAUAUGUCUUUGAAUAUUUAUAUUAAAAUUAUGCUUGUCUUGCAGCAGGUGAUCCCAUAAAAUAGUAACUCCCUAUUUUUUUUUUUUUUUGGUACUGGGGUUCAAACUCGUGUCCUUGCGCUUGCACAGCAGGUGGCGAAACCACUGAGCUAAAUCCCCAGCCCAUAACUCCCUAUUCUUAAAAUCUCACUCUUUUUUCCACUAACAACAUAGGAAUUGAUUCUGUGUUGACACUAUUCUGUAUUGCAUCCUCUCUAUGUGGUGGCCACCUUCUGUCUGUCAUAGUGGGUUUAAUGUGAAAUAAAGCCAUUGGUUCUCUGCCCCUUUAGAAGAAAGCAGUUCAUCUGAUCCUUCUUCAAAGGUGGUACCUACUGAUGUCUUUGAGGUAAAUCAGACCUUGAGAACUGCUUCUUAACAUUGGGGCAGUUAGUUGUCAGUUGACCCUUUCACCAACACGUUGUGAUGUAAACAUUUAAAAUAAAGGCUACCUAGCCAGAGGAGAGGAAAUUUUUAAUGUUAGUAAUGAAACUGUAUAGGUUGCCAGAAAUCUAAUCAGGAAAAAGCAGCCUGAGGUCUGGAAAGCAGGAAAGGGUUUUUUUUUUGCUUUUUGUUUUUUCCAAUUUUUAAGUCUCAUCCCUAAGACCAUCUGCCUCACUCAGAUGCUGUGGAUGUAGCAUCAGUAGUUUUCUUUUGUGAUCUCAUUUCAUUUUAUGAAUUCUGAAAAAGAUACAUAUGUCUUCUAGUUGAUACAUGAACAGAUGAGAUUCCUUUGCCUUUGCUGAUGUGGCUUACUUUCAGUGCCAUAUGAUGAACUGGUAUCAUACGUGAAAAGUUGUGCAUUGUAAUUUUCAAGAGAAGGUAGUCAUUUGACCAGUGGCUUUGAUUUCCCCAACCCCCACCCCGUAGCUAUUUGCUUUAUAAGGGAAUAGUAAAUGAAACCUCUCAUUCUAGGACUGAAAUUUCCAUUUGUAUAGAUCUAGUUACUUUUACCCAAAUUUCAAGUUGAUGCUACAUAUGUAAAGCUCAUCCCAAUUUUAUAUACCACCUUGAGAAAAUUACAAAAGGCACAGUGAUUUGUAGGAAUUUUUAAUGGGAUCACUUAGACAUUAGAAAAAAUUGUUUUAAAAGCCAUCUACCUUUAGCAUUUUAGAUACUAAAGCCCAUUUUGUCUUAUUAAUGGGUAGGGUUUGUAACAGAUUUAUGUGAUUUCAACUUUGAAUCUGAGUAUUUCUUCUGUAGCUUCUUUGAGUCCUUUUCUGAGUCGACUGUUACCAGUAUCGGCAACUAAUCAUUAAAGGGAAAAGUUAAAUUGCAACUGUGUAUUAGUUUCCUGGAAGAACUUUUCUUAUGUUUAAUGAAUGAAGAGUGUUGAUGGGAUCACUUACUGUAACUCCUUCUUCAUAAGGACCCUUUCUGCAAGCAGAACACAAAUGAACAUGCUCUAGGAGUAUACUGUUUUCUGGAUAAAUUGAAAAAGUUUCCUAGUACCUCCUUGGUACUAGCGGUUUCUUUGUAUCUCUUUGCUGGCAAGGGAAUACAAGGAGUCAAGACCACAGAUCAGAAAACCCCACAUUUGAGUGGAGACUUAUUUUUACUCUAAGAGCAGUUAUUCCCCCAAGUCCAAAAUGGCAGUUUUUUUUUUUAAUGUAAAAUUUAAAAAAUAUUCCCAAACCAGUGGAAAACAGACACUGGCUGCACUUAGUACUGCCAAAAGCCAAGGUCAUUUGCACAUAUUCCAUCAACCUGUGAAGAAUUAGGCCUCACUCUGUAACCCAAGGCAUGGAAGUGCAUGCAUCCUCUUAGCUGGGCAAACGGUUAUACUGUAGUUGUGAUACAACACAUGUGGCUUUUAUUUGUACUGCACAAAUCCACUGUACAGCCACUUGGGAGUAUCGUGGUUAGCCUGCAGCAACUGCUGUCUGCAUUUAUACUGUUUAUUGCAUAUUCUUUUCCCUGGAAGUGAAAGAGAAAUGUUCUUCUUGUUGCAUUGAUUACACUUUAUAAAUUUGCUUAACUGGAAAGUUUGGGAAAAGAGGCCUGUUUGUCAAUUGUACAACCGAUUGUGAAGCUCUAGUGUGAAUAUUUUUACGUCUGUAUUAGACAUUUUCUUUGCAAAUCUAUUGUUCGAUUGAAAUGUAAAUGAAAUUAAAGAUGGUGUACACCCAUCAUGUAAAAAGCAGGCACCAUCUCUAAGAUGGAUUUAAUGCUCAUUUUUAAGGCAUAUACUCAGCUUCUAUUUAAAACUAUAAUUUAAAAUAAUUCUGUACAAUGAAAUGGGGAAUAUAUAUGGGAAUAAAUUCUAUUCCAUUUAUUUCAAUUUGAAUUUCCAAAUUGUAAUAUUUCCCUUUGUGCUAUAGGAAUAGGAUUAAAUGGGGGAAGGCUAGGACUUAUAAGGCCUGUAUAUGGGGGGAGGGCAGAGAUGGAACAAUGAGGGUUGUGAUGAUAGUGAAUAGCAAAGAGUGAAUUCUGUGUGUUUUUGCUGUAGCACUGAAGUGAAGAGAUAUUAGCUUUGGCUGUUCACAAAAUAGAGCAUCAUGAUUUUCAGUGUUUGAGAGAAAAUUGAUGGAAAGAGUUUGCAGUACUUGACAUGUAUUUGCAUGCACAAAAUAAAAUUAUUUGUCCACCUUAAAA